AUGGUGGCAUUGACACAUGAAAAUCAUGCUGCAACGGAGAAUACGAUCCAUACUGGAUUGGAGAGAAUUGUUGAAGGAUGCCGAUUUAUGGUGAAGAUGACCACACAGGAUGAAUACAAGGUGAUGCUGGUUCGCUGUGAUCCAUAUCGCUUCUAUGUGCACUACAUUGAUUGCAACAGAAGACUCGAUGAAUGGAAGGGAAAGGAAGGAUUAAUUGUGCAAGCAGUGAAAAGCACAUCGGCAUCAGCAUCACCAGAACGUGAAAUGAGCAAGGAAAGCGCGGCAAUGCGAAAAACAAAGGCAGCCGCUAUGGAUGAGGAUAGUCAGGACGGGAUGGCACAGAUUGGUUCGUCAUUAGAAGCUUUUGAUCUUUUGUUUUGGUCUUGUAUUGAUUUGCCGAAUGUGUGCGUACUUACUGAUACUUACUAUUACAAUACGCAUGUUGUGGAAGGCUUCUCUGAAGAGGGUGACAUUAGCAGAAAUGUUUUGAGCUUUUGA